GAGGCUCCGCUCCAACCACACGCACUGUACUCUGGACUUCUCAGCACACACACACACACAGAGCCAACCAAAUACUGGUCAAACAUGUAAUAAAAACCACUGACUGAUAAGGGGCCGACUGACGGAGCAGGGUCUGAUGCAGCCAAGAUGAGUGAAGCUAGUAACUUAUCAGUGAUCCAGGUGGGAGAUGGGCGGACAAUGUCUAGAGCAGAGUUCCUAUCGCUGCUCAGCACCUACAACUGUUUCCUGAAGGACCAGACGCAGCUCCACCUCAGCUACUCUCAGGGCGAUGAUUCAGAGGUCAUCGUGGAAGGAUUCCUAAAUAUUUCCUGGGGGGUACGACGACCAAUCCGGUUGAAGAUACAGGAUGAAAAGCAAAUGCUUCCAUUUGUUCCUCCCGUCACAGCUGACCCUGCUAGUCCACUCAGUCCCAUUGGAAACAAAAGGGGGAUGAGCAGAUGGGGUGAAUAUACAGACCUUCACCAGAUAGAUGAGAUGUCCGAGACAGCGCACGAGACCGUUCCAAAAACACCUCUGCCAGGUCCUCCUAUUUAUGAGACUGCCACCAUGCGGCCGUUGAGACAGAAACCCUCGGAAAUGGAAGCUGAGUCCAACUUGUUCCGCUGCAUGAGCGACGCCUCUCUGGUCAAGAGGAGAACUCGCAACAAGUCAGCAGCGCAGAAGGAGAAGGAGAGGCAUCACCGCUUUUCAAUCAAUGGACAUUUUUAUAACUAUAAGACGUCGAUCUUCACGCCAAGCUUUGGCACUUCGACUAAAGUUCGGAUAUCAAGCAGAAUGACGACAGACCAGGUCAUUGAACAGCUGCUUAGCAAAUUUAAGAUAGAAAAUGACCCGCAAGAGUUUGCCCUCUACUGCCUGCACCAGAGCGGAGAAAAAAAGAAACUCAGCAACAAAGACCAGCCACUGUGGGAAAGAAUACUUCAGGGUCCGUCUGAAGACAUCAUGAAAAUAUUUUUAAUGGACAUGGACGAAGAGGAAGUCAGUGACGAUGUCGCCCAGUAUCUCAAUUUGGAACUUCCCAUCUUGGAACAGGUCCUGUUAAAACUCAGGGAAGAAGAGAGCAGAGAGAUACAAAGAGUGAUUCGCAAGUACCAUCACCAUCACAGACUCCUCUCCCAAAUGUUGAACAGUAAAAUGCCUCCUCAUAUUGAAACCAGUGUCUGAUAUCAAACUGCAGACACCAAACAUCUGCUGACAACAUUUGAAAGCAUGCAAAGAUGCCUUGUCUUAUUUCCAGAUAGCCAAGUGUCUCAGGCUCCACGGAGCGAAUGAAGAUGGCACUUCUGCUCUUCAUUUUUUUGUUCAUUUCUAAAUCAUGCAGCUCUUUCUUUUCAUGUUUUUUUGUGAGUUUCCCUUUCACAUUUCUGUGUCUGAUUUUGUACAAUUAAUGAUAGCCAUC